AUGGCCACGAAAUUCCAAAGGCUCGUGAGGUUCAGAGCCUCAGACGGUCAAAUCUAUUAUGGUGAAGCCGGUUCUGAUUGGGAAUCUGACCUCAAGGGCAAAGAAGUCCAAGUCUUUUCUUGCCCCGACCCGUUCGACAAUAAUUUCCAAGCCUUGGACAAGAAAGUUGUCAUCUCUGAGGUCCUUUGCCCUUUGGAGAAGGUGCCAAUCGUUCUAGGCAUUGGGCUGAAUUAUAGAAAGCAUGCUGAGGAAGCGGGCUUUCCGAUUCCAACCUUCCCAGUGGUUUUUACCAAAUACCCAGAUACCCUAGCAGGCCCUUUCGAGGACAUCCCUAUUCAUCCUGAAGCAAAGGAGCUAGACUAUGAAGGCGAGCUCUCGAUCGUCAUCGGCAAAGACGCAAAGAACAUUUCCGAGAAAGAAGAUCCCAUGAAGUACGUCCUAGGCUUUACCGUGGGUAAUGACGUUUCGUCCCGUUACUGGCAAGUCGCACCAAGAUCAGGAGGUCAGCACGGCCCUGCCAAAUCCUUCGACAAGUUCGCCCCAAUUGGUCCCGUCAUUGCUUCACCCGAGGCCGUCGUAAAUCCAGAGGGCCUCAAACUACGCACCUGGGUCAACGGCGAAUUGAGACAAGAUGGGAAGACGGAUGAUUUGAUUUUUGGCAUCAGCGCUAUCAUUCGACACCUAGCCAGAGGCAUGACGCUCAGAAAGGGGACGGUCAUAAUGACAGGCACUCCUAGUGGUGUGGCCGCUUUCAUGAAGCCAGCGGCAUGGCUGCGUGAUGGCGAUACGGUAACAAUAGAGAUUGAGCGCAUUGGCAAGAUCUCGAACAAGAUGGUCUUCGAAAGCUGA